UGUGUGCUUUAUUUAGAAACUUACCCAUUCCACCACCAAAGUUUGAAUGUUGAGCUUAAAACAAUGGCUGCUUCAGAGAAUGCCAAUGAGCUAGAGCUAGAGAGAGGGAUCAUUUCCAAUGUGCAAACCUUCUCUGCUGUAUUCAAAAGGAUAUUUUUAAAGUACGGUAGAGACUUUGAUAAGAAUGAAAAUGGAGGGGCAGUUAUCAACUUUGGAGAUGAAUUGUUUGAAGAGGGCUUAAGCAGACUGGAAGAUAAACCUGCCAAUCCUAUCACCAAUGUUCCUGAUGAUCUUGAUGAUCUUGAUGAUCUUGAUGAUGAAGAUGACGUUAUCAUAACUGGUGAAGAUGUUUUAAACCCACAACUGGCCACAAAACUACACGAGAGGGUACUCCUAAUUAAGAAAGAGAUAAACUGGUCGGAUGAAGAGGACAUCGCUCAAGAAGCCCAACUUCUCACUGAUACAUCACAAAUGGAGUACGAGGAUAUACAUAGUUGUUCAGAUACUUGUGAUUCAGAUAUUGAAAGUGAUGUCUCGUUCAUGUCUCCUCCUGGCAAACAAAAAUUGACCCGUUCUGUUACACUCAAUUUACCUUCACUCACAAAAGAAGACGGAGCUACUACAAACAAAGAUGUUGCUAAAAAUACGAAUAGAAUUAAAUUUCCAGUUUUGAAGAUUGCAAAAGCUCAAAUUCGUGUUCGUAGAGUUUUUGAACCACAACCAAGCCAACUUGUAUCAUGUGACCUCCACACACCCCAAUACUACACACGAGGAGAUCGUCACUACCCGCCAUCUGAGCACUGCUCCUGUUGCCUCGAUGUAUGGCCGGUACAAAGUCCCUGCACAUCAUGUCCCUGCUCUGUACCGAAAUAUAAUGUCUGUUCCUGCCCAAGUUGUAAGAACAUUCCACCAUUCAAUCCACCACCCCCCUACACGGUGUCUACAGGUGCUUGUCAAACUUGCUGUGAGACACCUCUUGUGAGCAGCCCAGCUUCUCUAAAUCGUAGUGAACAAUUUGAUCGACCUCCUAUCCUUUAUCAGAGAGUAUACUCAGCCGAUGUCAAUGGUUGUGAUUGUCCAGAGUGUGUCGCUGUACAUCCUCCCCCCCAUGAACCUGAACAAAGAAGAGAAAAGAGACCACUGGAUGAUCAAUAUUGCGCUGAUGGACAUCGUAUGAUUAAGAAACACUGUACAUAGAUUCUAGAUAGUUAGGACUUGUUAUUGUUAUUCUAUUUAUUAUUCUAUUUGUAUGCUUAUACACUGUUAGUUAUUGAUUUUUAAGUCUAAGGGUUUUUG